AUGAGUGCUGGGGCUGUCAUCGGUAUCAUCGCGGGUGUGCUCGUGCUGGGCGUCGCCGGUUUCUUCGUCUACCGCUACGUUAACUCCCAGCAGCAGACCGACGAGAAGCAAUUCAUGCAAGACUAUCCAAACACCCCAACCGAGUACGACUUCACCACGUUGGACGCGCCAUCCACCAAGGCCACUCCUGAUCCGCUAGCGUCAUCGAUCGCCAUGCUACACGCUGUGCCCGGCGCCUCGCCUAGUCCGUCACAGGAACCCACCCGGUACAAUUUCGACCCUGCGCAGUCCACAGUCAACGGCGCUGCUCCAUCGACGUCGCCUUUUAAUAAAAAGGACUCAGUGCAGGCUUCGCGUCCUAGUAACACGAACUUUGAUGCCCACUCCAUGGAGUUCAACGCAGCGCCCGGUAGCUACGCCGAGUCGUACACUGAAUCGUACGCCGGUUCGUUUGCAGGUUCCAUGGCCGGCUCAUACGCCAACUCGUUCUCGGGAACGUACAAUGGUCAGGGAGUGCUCAACUCGUUCGAUGGAAGCGUGGACGAUUUUGGACGUGAUACAGUGGGGACGACAGUGUCUGAGGCUCUCGAUCGUCAGAGCGAGGUGCCAGAUGGAGAACAGUCUCACUGGAUGGACGACAUGCGCGGUACUAACGACAGCUACGCUAUGCUCGAGUCAGGAUCGUUCGACCGCACGUCGGCGCUCUCACGUUUCUCCACCGACUCGGACCUCACAGGCCGCCCCACGCAGUCCUAAGCCAGAGUGUUGAAAGGAAGGAAGAGGAGGUGUAUCUAUAGUAACUGGUUAGGCGUGUCCACCGCUCAAACGGUGAGCAGCAGUGAAGCAAAAGUUUUGAAUGCCAUGAGUGAAUAUCAAGUGCAA